AACCACACGACAUUUUGCUUUUAAUAUAUAUCAGUGAGGCAGUGUUGAAACUGAGGUGCCGUUUUUCUGCAAUAAGAGUAACCAAAUUAUGAACUGGAACUUAGUAGACAAGUUUGGUGGGAAGGGAGCGUGAGGGGUGCAGGGCAAGUGUGGCAUACAUUCACACUCAUCCAUCCAACCAACGAACUAGCUUGACUGCACUAGUGGAUCGUGAUCAUGCCGGCUGGUAAAGAAUGGCCCCAGGGCGACCCCAGCUCAUUCUCCUGCCCGGAAAAGGCGGCGGUCACGGCGCUGAACCUCAAGCUGCGCGUGGACUUCGCGGCCAAGGCGCUGGUCGGGUCGGCGGAGCUGACGGUCGAGCGGAGACAGGCUGACGCCACGCAUGUCGUGCUGGACACGCGUGACCUGGACGUGUCGGCCGUGACCGACCUGGACGCAGGCGCCCCGCUCGAGUGGAGCGAGGGCGCCGUGCACGCGGCACUGGGCCGACCUCUGACGGUGCAGCUGCCGGCCGGCGGCGGCGCGGCGCGGCUGGCCAUACAGUACAGCACGCGGCCGGCCUGCACGGCGCUGGCCUGGCUGGAGCCGGCGCAGACGGCCGGCCGGCGCCAUCCGUACGUGUUUUCCCAGUGCCAGGCGAUCCACUGCCGCUCCAUGGUGCCGCUGCAGGAUACGCCGGCCGUCAAGUUUCCCUUCACGGCCGAGGUGACGGCGCCGGCCGGCCUGACGGCGCUCAUGUCAGGCCUGCGCGAGGGCCAGGAAGCGGCCGGCGAGGCGACCACUUUCCGUUUCCGGCAGCCGGUGCCGGUGCCGGCCUACCUGAUAGCGCUGGCGGUGGGCGAGCUGGAGUCGCGCUCGCUCGGGCCGCGCUCCACCGUUUGGUCCGAGCCGGAGGUGGUCGACAAGGCGGAGUACGAGUUUGCCGACACGGAGCGCAUGCUGCAGACAGCCGAGGCCAUCUGCGGCCCGUACGUGUGGGGCAUGUACGAUUUGCUCGUGCUGCCGCCCAGCUUCCCGUUCGGCGGCAUGGAGAAUCCGUGCCUGACGUUCGUCACGCCGACGUUGCUGGCCGGCGACCGGUCCCUGGCUGACGUGGUGGCGCACGAGAUCACACACAGUUGGACCGGCAACCUGGUCACCAACCGCAACUGGGAGCACUUCUGGCUGAACGAGGGCUUUACCACGUUCGUGGAGCGCAAGAUCCAGGGCCGGCUGUUCGGCGAGCCGGCACGCCAUAUGUCGGCCCAGGGCGGCUGGAAGAGCCUGAAGGACACGAUCCGCACGCGUGGUGCCGAAGAUCCGCUUACGUGCCUGGUGCCGCGGCUGGAGGGCAUUGACCCGGACGACGCGUUCUCGACCGUGCCGUACGAGAAGGGCCACACGUUCCUCUGGUACCUGGAGCAGCUGGUGGGCGGCCGUGACGAGUUUGAGCCGUUCCUCAAGGCCUACAUCGCCAAGUUCAAGUACAAGACGCUGGACAGCGAGGAUUUCCGCUCAUUUCUGACCGAGUUCUUCGCCGAGAAGGCGGCGGCGGGCGUGUUUGCCAAGGUGGACUGGCAGGCCUGGUUCAGCACGCCGGGGAUGCCGCCGCACGAGCCCGCCUUCGACACGUCGAUGACGGACGCGUGCAGCCGCCUGUGCCGCAGCUGGUCUGCAUGGGCCGAAGGCGAGCCGUGCCCGAUGACUGCCGCCGACCUGGACGCCAUGUCCUCCAGCCAGAUCAUCGAGUUCCUGGCUCAGCUGCUGGAAGAGCAGCUGCUCUCGGUAGCCAAGCUGCAGAAGAUGGAGGAGUUGUAUGGCAUGAACGCGCGCCGCAACGCUGAGAUCCGGUUUCGCUGGCUGCGCCUCUGCCUGGCCGGCCGGUGGCGUGAGCAGGUACCGGCCGCCCUAGAGAUGGUCACCUCGCAGGGUCGGAUGAAGUUCGUGCGUCCCCUCUACCGCGACCUGUAUGCCUGGGAGGAGGUGCGCGACGCCGCCAUUGACACCUACCGGCGCAACAAGCCGUUCAUGAUGCACGUGUCCGCGCAUGCAGUGGCCAAGGACAUGAAGUUGACCGACUGAAGAUGGCGACACCAGUUGCGCCACCGGCCACGCCGAGGGAGUGAUUGGCUCAUGGGGUUGGGGCUGUCGGCUUGGGUCCUUCUUGCCAUUGCGUACCGGACUAAAUGUUGCUGGUGUCAGGUUGGCAUCGCGGUUAAUGGCCUCGUGGUGCGCCUUGUGAUAUCCGUUUUGUUCUCCGUCAGCUCUGUGCGUUUCUCUGCGUGGGUUUGUUUAUUACCUUUAAGACUAACAAAUGAUAAAAAACUGACGUGUGCUUC